AUGUCGGGGUUGGCGGAGCGGCCCGGGGCUCUGAGGGCUCUGAGGGCUCCGCUCCCCUCGCCCGAGCGGGUCCCGCCGCGCCUCAGGGACCGCGACCGCCGCGCUGCCGCCACCUGGCGGCGCUACCCGUGGUGGGGGAACCCACUGACGUUUGUGCAGCCCAGUGAUAGUUGUGUCUCUCCACAGCUGCAGCCGGAGCAGCUGGACUGUGGAGCAGCGCACCUCCAGCACCCGCUGGCCAUCGUGAACCCCGUCACAGCCACCCCCAUCUUCACCUACAGUGGCCUGACCGCAGUGGCAGUGGCCAGCGUCAACAACUACACUGUUGUGUUCCUGGGCACCGCCAGUGGAGGACUCCUGAAGAUUAACCUGGACACUACCAUGAAGGUUAUUAGCAGGAGAUCCAUUUCAGUGGCUUAUGGAGAACCUGUCCACCCCAUCAUGCAGUUUGACCCUUCUGAUCCCACCUAUCUCUAUCUGAUGACUUCCUACCAGAUGACGCGGGUGAAGGUGGCUGCCUGCAGCCAGUACUCGACGUGCACAGACUGCCUGGCCGCCGCUGACGCCUACUGCGGGUGGUGCACGAUGGAGACCAGGUGUUCUUUGCAGCAUGAGUGCACCAACUCCACAGGGGCCAACUUCUGGGCGAGUGUGAGUGAAGGAGUGCAGCAGUGCCCCUCCAUGACCAUCCUGGAGCCCGAGAUCAAUAUUGACAAAGAGAACCCGGCCCUGAUAAUACAAAUAAAUGGAACUAUCCCGAACCUGAAUGGAACAAAUAUUUCAUGUGACUACGGAAACAACAUCCACACAGUAGCUAGAGUUGCUGGAGAUUAUGUAAACCAAUUUAUUUAUUGCAGUUUGCUUCCACGUGAGAAAUAUCCAGCAUUUCCUGAUGACCAAGACCACGUGGUGGUUGAAACUGCUCUCCGGGUCAACAGCAAAAACAUUAUCCAGGCCAGUUUCACCAUCUAUGAUUGCAAAAGGACUGGAAACAUUUACCCAAAGAGAGCGUGCACCAGCUGCCUCUCGGCCAGGUGGAAGUGUCACUGGUGCCCCUCCACCUACACCUGCGUCUCCAACCACUCGCAGUGUGACAACGCGCUGCAGAUGAAGAAGAAAAUUGACUGUCCUCGAAUUGUACCUGCCCCUUUGGAGCCAAUGCCCACAGGAGUAUCUCGAGACAUCACGAUCUCACUCGCCAAUGCGACUUUCUCUAAGGAGACAGCUCUGGAGUGCCAUUUUGGGACAGACAGGACAUUUGAAGCCCGGUGGGUGAACUCCUCUGCUGUGGAGUGUGUACGUGUGCUGCUCCACACAUCAGAAAAAAGCCAUCACUUCCCAGUGAACCUCCAGCUGAAGGACAGACCAGACAGAUUUAUUGACAGUCCGGAGAUGAUGACAGUGGAGGUGUACAACUGUGGGACCGGCAGUGCCGACUGCUCCCAGUGCCUGGGGAGGGAGGACGUGGGGCACCGCUGUCUCUGGAGCGAGAGCAGCUCCAGCUGCAGGCUGCACACCGAGCCCCCCCAGGUCUCCGACGUCUGCCCAGCUCCUGAGAUUAGGAAGAUCGAGCCGCUGCGUGGGCCGCUGGAGGGGGGCACGCUGCUGACCAUCCGUGGGAGGAACCUGGGCCGCCGCUUCAGCGACGUCCUCGCCGCCGUGCGGGUGGGCAGCGUGCACUGCACCCCUCUGCCCGACAGAUACGUCGUCUCUGAGAUGAUCGUGUGCCAGACCGGAGAGGCUCAGGAGGCGUUUUCAGAUGUGGUAACAGUUAAUGUGAGCCGGGAAGGGAGGUCCAGGGAGCGAUACUCCUAUGUGCUUCCCCUGGUGCAGUCCAUAGCUCCCUCGAAUGGCCCGAAGGCUGGAGGAACCAGAGUGACCAUCAGAGGUAGCAGGCUGGAUGUCGGCUCAGAGCUCCGUGUCCUCAUCAACUCCUCCAAGCAGUGCACUGACCUCAGCCGCACCGACAGCACCAUCACCUGCACCAUGCCCGCCGCCGAGCUCACCACGGCUGUGCCAGUCUGCGUGCAGUUUGAGAACAAGUCUUGUGUCAGCCUCAACAUCACUUUCAAGUAUGAGAAGAACCCGGUUAUAUCAGACAUCAACCCCAAAAAGAGCCAAAUCAGUGGGGGCAGGAUCAUCACCCUGGAAGGAAGAGGCUUUGGGCUGGUCCAGAACGUGUCCAUGGCUGUCCGUGGCAUCGGCAGAGAACACACGUGCUGUAGGGUUCACACUGACACCACGAUCACCUGCCCCUCUCCAGCUGCCUCCAACAUCACUGUGGGGAGCAAGCCUGCCCCCGUCGACUUCUACCUCAAUGGGCGCCUCUACACAGAUGACCGCCCAGCUCUGGAUGAGGAGAUGUACCCUGAGGAGGCCCUGCACUUCAGCAAGUUCAGCCUGGAGUACUAUGCUGACCCCCAGUUCUCCACAGCCAAGAAGGAGAAGUGGAUCAAGCACCAUCCCGGCGAGCCCUUAACUCUGGUCAUACAUAAGGAGCCUGACAGCCUGGGCCUGGAGAGCAAUGAGUACCAGGUGAAAAUCGGCCUGAUCUCAUGUGAGAUCCAGAUUGUUUCAGACAGAGUCAUCCACUGCUCCGUCAAUGAGUCGCUGAGCACCUCGGAGAGGCAGUUGCCUGUGACGAUCCAAGUUGGAAAGUUCAACUACACAAUUGCGAUGCUGCACCUUGGGGGAGGAGAGACCGCAAUCAUUGUCUCCAUCGUCAUCUGCAGCAUCCUGCUGGUCCUUUCUGUUGUAGCACUCUUUGUGUUCUGCACAAAGAGCCGCAGAGCUGAGCGCUACUGGCAGAAAACCCUGCUCCAGAUGGAGGAGAUGGAGUCGCAGAUCCGGGAGGAAAUCCGCAAAGGUUUCGCGGAGCUGCAGACAGACAUGACAGACCUGACCAAGGAGCUAAACCGCAGCCAAGGGAUCCCCUUCCUGGAGUACAAGCACUUUGUCACCAGGACGUUCUUCCCCAAAUGUUCCUCUCUCUACGAAGAGUGCUACGUCCUCCCAUCCCAGCAGCUCAGCUCCCAGGUGGGCUCCCAGGUCCAGGAAACACAUCCACUCCUGGUGGGGGAAUGGAAGAUCCCUGAGAACUGCAGACCCAACAUGGAAGAAGGAAUCUCGCUGUUCUCCACCUUACUCAACAACAAGCACUUCCUCAUCGUGUUUGUCCAUGCUCUUGAGCAACAGAAGGACUUUGCUGUCAGAGAUAGGUGUAACCUGGCCUCCCUGCUUACAAUUGCGCUGCAUGGGAAACUGGAGUAUUACACUAGCAUCAUGAAGGACCUCUUGGUAGAUCUAAUAGAUGCUUCAGCUUCCAAAAACCCCAAGCUGAUGCUGAGAAGGACGGAAUCGGUGGUGGAGAAGAUGCUCACCAACUGGAUGUCUAUCUGCAUGUACAGCUAUCUCAGAGAGACAGUUGGAGAGCCCUUCUUCCUGCUGAUCUGUGCCAUCAAACAGCAGAUUAACAAAGGUUCCAUCGAUGCCAUUACGGGAAAAGCCAGGUACACCCUCAACGAGGAGUGGCUGCUGAGGGAGAACAUUGAGGCAAAGCCAAGGAACCUCAACGUCUCCUUCCAAGGCUGUGGGAUGGACUCCCUGAGUGUCAGGGCCAUGGACACGGACACACUCAGCCAAGUGAAGGAGAAGAUUCUGGAGGCCUUCUGCAAGAACGUCCCCUACUCCCAGUGGCCAAGGGUGGAAGACGUUGACCUUGAGUGGUUUGCCACCAGCACUGACAGCUACAUCCUGCGGGACCUCGAUGACACCUCGGUGGUGGAGGAUGGUAGGAAGAAACUCAACACAUUAGCACAUUACAAGAUCCCUGAAGGGGCAUCCCUGGCCAUGAGCUUGUCAGACAAGAAGGACACCACACUGAGCAGAGUGAAGGAUUUGGACACGGAGAAGUACUUCCACUUGGUUCUCCCAACCGAUGAAUCAGUGGAACAUAAGAAGUCCCACAGGCAGAGCCAUAGGAAGAAAGUCCUUCCAGAGAUCUACCUGACACGGCUGCUCUCCACCAAGGGCACACUCCAGAAGUUCCUGGACGACUUGUUCAAAGCCAUUCUCAGUAUCCGAGAUGAUAAACCGCCUGUGGCCGUGAAGUAUUUCUUUGACUUCCUAGAGGAGCAAGCAGAGAAGAGAGGGAUCACAGACCCUGACACUCUGCACAUCUGGAAGACCAACAGCCUACCGCUGAGGUUUUGGGUCAACAUCCUGAAAAACCCCCAGUUUGUCUUUGACAUUGACAAAACAGACCACAUCGAUGCCUGUCUGUCUGUGAUCGCCCAGGCCUUCAUCGACGCCUGCUCCCUCUCCGACCUGCAGCUGGGCAAGGACUCCCCAACCAACAAACUGCUGUACGCCAAGGAGAUCCCCGAGUACAGGAAGAUAGUGCAGCGGUACUACAAGCAAAUCCAUGACAUGUCACCACUGAGUGAGCAGGAAAUGAACGCCCACCUCGCAGAGGAGUCGCGGAAAUACCGGAAUGAGUUCAACACCAAUGUUGCCAUGGCUGAGAUAUACAAAUAUGCCAAGAGAUACCGCUCCCAGAUUGUGGCUGCCCUGGAUGCCAACCCCACAACGAAGCGCACCCAGCUCCAGCACAAAUUCGAGCAAGUGAUUGCGCUCAUGGAGGACAACAUCUACGAGUGCUGCAGUGAAGCCUAGGCCAGCUGCAGCCCUGGAAGUGACCUUUCCUGCAGCACAGUGCCACAGGGAACCUGCCUUCAGCCACAGGCACACCGUGGUCAUCCUCAAACCAGCCUUGUGGUGGGGGUGGUCCUGGCCAUGGCUGAAGGGCUCCCUCACAUCACAAGAGGCCACAAGACACCUUUCAGAGCAGCUCAAACUCCUCUGGUAUCCACUGUGGCACCCAUAAUUUAUUUGCUGUUGCCAGCCAGAAAUGGAGGUGUGACACCUGGGGCAAGCUCAGUUCACCACUUCCCUCUGGUCAGCACCCAAGCAGUCAGCACUCCCUGCAUCCCGGCGUGUGGCUCCUCAGGACAAGGGAUGGGGCUGCAGAGGCUGGAACAACAGACACAAAGCAGAAGGGUCACCUCAGGGAGUAACGAGCAGAGACAGCAUAGGCCAUCUCAGCAACACCUGAGUUCCCUUCCACUCCAUCCCUCCAACAUCCUUGUUUUUCGAACACCAGGGACUGAUUCUUAUCAGCUGUUCACUAUCUGCUGCAUUCUGUGUAUUUUUGUGCCUUUUAAUUUUUGUACUGUAUGUGUAAACAUAACUGCCCCUCCAUCUGAGACUUGGGCAACAUGAGGAACUUGGGGCUGAGACAAAGCAAUUGCUUCCCAAGCAGCUAAGGCAUGGUGAAAGCACUUUAUCCCUAACAGAGACAGCUGUUUGGGUGCCAGAGGGAGUGCAAUCCAUGUAAGACAGUGUGGGAAGGGCCGUUCCCCCUUCCCUGGGUUCUUGUCUCUCAUACACAGCAAGCUGGAGGUGCAGUGGGUAGGCAAACAUCCCACUGCCCAACCAGCUCAUCGCAGGCAUGGUCCUGUCUAGACCAGAUGCAGACAGAGGGUGAGGGAAGGACCGUGGCCCUUGCUCCCAGCCUCGCUGCACUGGCUCAACACGUGUCUGUGGCACUGCCCCCAGUGUCUGUGGCACCUUGACCCCAGUAAUGCCUUUCAUGCCAACAGGGCCAGCUCCUGCUGACAGCCCUCUGACAGUGGCCUCGAGCCACACACAGGGCAAACACCAGGUAGCAUCGUCCCUUUCUCUGCCUCUCCCCGUGGCCAUCACCAAACACAAAGUCAGUGCUGCAGAGGUGUCUCCUAAAGCAGCUUGUUCUGCUUGCUUCAGGGCCAGCCCCCGUGGCUGAUAUCUGAGAGCAGCCAAGAGAGGGGGCUUGGCUAUGUUACCAGCCUGUUUUCAGACCUUAAAGGCAGCGGGACUGGACCCAUCCCCUGGCAGCCCAGCACUGACACAGGCCAGCAGAGCAGCUCUGGCAUCCCGAGCUGCAGACUAAGGUAGAGAGUGUUCAGGCUUAGGCCAGGGUCAGUGAGAAGGUCCCACUGGCAGACCAGUGGAUCUCAUCCAAGACCAGAAACCGCAGUGCCGCCCUGUGGCAUUUGCACUGGGGCAACACCCCAUCCCAGCUUGGUGGCCCCUUCUCUUUCCUGCAGCCCGGGGAGCUGUGACUGCUCUGGUCUCCAGUGUCACACAGGCCCCUCUGAAGAGGCUGGGUACAGCCAACGCCAUGUGCUCGAAGCCAGCAUUCCUGCAUGGGAAAAGGCUCCUGCCCACAGGGCUGACCCUCCGCAGAUGCCAUGGUUCAAACUGCCAAAUAGGAAAGAAACAAAGAAAAAAGUUACUACCUCACUGCAGGAGGGUGUAAGGGGAGCCUUUGUUAGUCAUUCAACUGACAAUGAUGCAGCCUGCUAUUAGAUAACUGUUCACCAGAAGUACUCCUGGGUGACUGCCAUGGACAGGUGGCCUCCAUUCCAUUGUUUCCAGUAAUGCCACAUUUGUCAGAAACCGCAACAUCGGAGUUGUGUAUGUGUACAUAGAUAUCUAUUUUAAAACAAAUGAUAGACUUUAUCCAGUAUGUUAAAAAGGGGGAAGGGAGGGAAG